AUGUGUAAAGGGGAUAUUCAGCAUUUUCAGCUCAGUAAGGAGGAGGAGGAUGAUAAAAUCAGGUUUGGACACUUUGCCUCUUCAUCUAUUAAUGAAGAAGUGGCUGAGGGAUUUAGGACUGAGACUACAGAGGAGAAGGGAACACUCUUCACCAUCCACACGUGCUUUGGCGUGAAGAUCCAGGACAUGUCAUACGAUCCUGGCCAAAAAGAAGCGUUAAUCCCAGUCCAUGAGACAUUCACUGUGUCCCAAAAAGGCAAUAACCUCUUUGACCUCCAGAGCACAGAGCGGACCUGCAGCCAUUUUAACUGCGCGUACCUGGGCGGAGAGAAGAACCAAUCAUGUGUUUACAACUCUGCUGCCAGAGGCGGCAUCGCCUUCCCCAGUGUUCUGAGCCCUUCACUGUUUGGAGGAUCCAUCAUCCUGCUCCACAUUGCUGCUCUGAAGCUGUUUGCUGGUUUCUAAAUUGUCCUAUUCAUAUUACUCACUUUCUCUCCAACACAAAUCAUGGUGAUGGGACUUGCUGGAUCCAAAGCCGUCCUGCUAUUCUGCCAGCGUUCCAAAGGGAAACCGGUAACAUGGAGGGAGUGUUGCUGGUACCUGCUUGGGCAAGCUUUGAUUAUACGUUAUCGAUUAGUAGAUGAAAAUGUAAGCUCAUAGUUCUAUUACAGGUGCAAUUUGUCUUACAAUGCUAGAGCUAUGAACUGGUGCCUGUUAUAUAAAUAAUUAUUUGUAUUCCUGUCAUGCUAGCACUUUUGUACCAACUUUUGAUGACUUCAGUAAAAAGACUUUUCAGAAAUGAA